ACAUCCUAUCUCACUCCUCUCUCCCGACGUCCCUCGGUGGAGAGCAGUGUGUGUUCAGCGGUGUGUGUACAUCAUCAGUGUGUGUGUGUGUAUCAGGGACGAGCACCAUGUUGACACACAAAGCCCGGGUCUCCGUCUCUCUCAUCGCCGUGUUCCUGCUGCUGGACAUCACGAACAUCGGAGGAUCUGUAAUUGGAGAAACACGGAGAGAUGAGGAGGAGAAGAAGAACCUCACUGCAACAGCCCCACUACAGGUCAUGGUAAUCCCCUCCCAUGCACAGAUCCAGGCAGGACAGAUGAAACGUCUCCUGUGCAGAGCUCGAGGGCGAGCCGAGAGCAUCGUGUGGCUCGGGCCUGAUGGAGAGAACAUCUCCGAAAACGACAAGAACAUCAAAGUGCACAGACACGACGAGUCGACCAGCUCGCUCGUCAUCGUCUCGGCUCAGGUGGAGGACGCGGGCGUGUACGUGUGUGUGGCUGAAAACACACACACCUCGGCACAGAGCCGGGUGGAGCUGCAGGUUGUGUUGAAGCGAGCCCGCAGAGCAAAGGAGGAACGAGGGAAAAAAACGAAAGAACCCAAACCCACGAAGAAGCCCAAGGGUGAGAAAACCACCAAAAAACCGAAGACCGAGAAGAAAGACAAAAAGAAGAAAGGGAAGAAGAAUAAAGAGAUAAUUACCACCACUUUACCUCCCACUACCACCACCACCGAGCCGCCCACCACCGAGCCGCCCACCACCGAGCCGCCCAUCACCGAUUCUCCGGUCAACUACGACUAUGAUCCUUUUACAGACGAUUACUGGGAAGAAGAAUACGUGACAGAGGAACCCAAAACCACCACAGCGCCCCCUGAUCCGCCGACACAGAAACCUACAGACGAUCUUGAACUCUUCCCGACAGAUGACUAUUCAGAACCUUUCGUCGUCCCCGAUGAUGAUGACUACUGGAAAGAGCCCGAGCCCACGGUUCCGGUGAUCGGCGGCAAAGGCAAAGAAGAAGAUGAUUAUUGGGACCCGACCAUGGAGGUUCCAGAAAACAUGCCAUUCCCAGACGGUAAAGAGAUCAUCCCAACUGAUCGCGACUGGACUUACUCUAUCACAGAGGAGCCCACGGUCCCGACGUAUGAAAGCAAGUGGUACGAAGAGUACGACUAUGAACACGAGAAGAAAAAGGACGACGAGCAGGACAGCCUGGAGAGAGAGAGGGAGCGAGAGAGGGAGAGAGAAUGGAGUGAAAAGGAGGAGAGAGGGAGGGAGGAGAGAAGGAGGGAGGAAGAGGAGGAGGAGGAGGAGAGACAACGCAGGAUCAAAAAACCUCCACGCAUCUACAGAGAGCCGAAAAUUUGUCCUCCACUGGGAUUGGAGUCUCAUCGCAUUGAUGCUGACCAGCUGCAAACCUCCUCCAUGUAUCAGCAUCGCUACAGCUCUCACAGAGCUCGCCUUAACAUCCAGGCGUCAGCAGACGAGUAUGACAUGAACGGAGGAGCGUGGUGCGCGAACCCCGACGAAAAAGAGCACUGGAUCGAACUGGACACUCGCACGCUCACAGAGUUCACCGGAGUCAUCACACAGGGCCGAGACGACCCGGUCGAAAACGAUUACGUCACGUCCUACUACGUGGCCUUCAGUAACGACAGUAGAGAGUGGACGAUGCUGCACGACGGAUACUCAGAAUGGCUGUUCUUCGGGAACUCUGAUAAACACACCCCGGUGAUGUCUCAGUUCAUGGAUCCGGUGGUAGCGCGUUACAUCCGCAUCCUUCCCCAGAGCUGGAAUGGAACGGCAUGCAUGAGGAUGGAGGUGUUGGGCUGCCCGGUGCCUGACCCUUUCACUGAGAACCAGAGGCAGAAUGAGGUGAUGCCGAGAGACGACCUGGACUACACGUACCACAAUUACCUGGACAUGGAGAAGUUCAUGAAGUCCAUUUCAGACGAGUGUCCCAACAUCACCAGGUUGUACAGCCUGGGCAAGAGUUCAAAAGGUCUCGAUAUCUACGCCAUGGAGGUCACCGAUAACCCUGGGAUCCAUGAGACGGGUGAGCCAGAGUUCCGCUACACAGCUGGUUACCACGGUAACGAGGCUCUGGGCAGAGAACUGCUGCUGCUGCUUAUGCAGUACCUCUGUAAGGAGUACAAAGAUGGAAACCCCAGAGUGCGCACCCUGGUGGACGGAAUACGCAUUCACCUUGUACCCUCGGUUAACCCCGACGGUCAUGUGACAGCUUUCGAGAAGGGGUCCGAGCUGGGCAGCUGGACGCUGGGCCACUGGACCGAGGGUGGACAUGACAUCUUCCAGAACUUUCCAGAUCUCAAUACUGUGUACUGGAAUGCACAGGACAAGGGGAUGGUGCCCAAAGUGACCCCAAAUCACCAUGUGCCCAUUCCUGAUGGCUACCUGGCUGAAAAUGGCCCUCUAGCGGUGGAGACACGGGCCCUCAUCUCCUGGAUGGAAAGUCACCCAUUUGUCUUAGGAGCCAACUUGCAAGGUGGAGAGAGGUUGGUAACCUACCCCUUUGACAUGCGUCGCCUCACCAAAGAGUCUGAGGAACUUGAGAAGAAGCUGAACCACAGGGCUAACCGUCGCAGGCGCCAAUAUGAGGAUGAAGAAGAACAACCAGAAUCAAAUCCAUACCUCCACAUCGGGUAUCAUCAAGAGAGCUAUGGUGAGGAUCAUGGUCACGGUUACCAUCAAGAGAACUACGGCUACCAUCAAGAAAAUUACGGAUAUCAUCAAGAAAACCAAUACCACCAUAAUCAGGAGAACCAGGGAUACCAUCAUGAGGGUUACUCUGAAGGCUACCAUGAGGGAUACCCGGAAGGAUAUCAUGGAGGAUAUCAGGAAGGGCAUCAAGAAGAAGGGCACCAAGAGGAAAGGCACCAAGAGGAAGGCUAUGAGCAAGGCUAUGGACAGGCAGAACCAGACGAGAUCAGGAUGGUUGAGGAUCAGUCCUUGUUUCGCUGGUUGGCCAUAUCUUAUGCUUCUACUCACCGCACAAUGACCCAUAGGUUCCGAGGUGGGUGUCAUACCGAGGACCCCACGGGUGGGAUUGGAAUCGUCAAUCGUGCCAAAUGGAAUCCCAUUUCAGGAAGUAUGAACGAUUUCAGCUACCUUCAUACUAACUGUUUUGAGUUGUCAAUCUUCCUGGGCUGUGAUAAGUAUCCCCAUCAGAGUGAGCUUAUAAGAGAGUGGGAGAACAACAGAGAGGCUAUGCUGACUCUCAUGGCUCAGGCGCUCCGGGGGAUAAAAGGGGUUGUCCGAGACAAGGAAGGGAACCCCAUUGUAAAUGCCAGUAUCUCUGUGGAAGGAGUCAAUCAUGAUGUCACCACAGGUGAAGAUGGUGAUUACUGGCGCAUGCUGAAUCCUGGCGAGUAUCAGGUGACGGCAAAGGCCAGAGGUCAUUCCUCCAUGAGCCGAAUGUGUGUGGUGGGUUUCGAACCAGGAGCCACUCUGUGCAACUUUGAGCUCAACAAAUCUAACUGGGACCGCAUCAAAGAGAUUAUGGCUCUUCAUGGUAACAAGCCCAUCCGACUGCUCAACCCCGGGAAAGGCAGUCAGUAUACGUUCCGCGGUGACCGAAGGAUCAGCAACCAGAUUCCUAAAGGUGAAGUUGGAUAUAACGACCGAAACCGUCUGCGGCGCCAAAGGCUCAUGAAGAUUCGUCAGUUGCGGCAAGAAAGACUGCUGGCCAGGAUGUCAACUACGACGAUCAUGACGACGACACUGCCACCAACUACCACUGAGCCCACCACCACUCCCAGCCCCACCACAACAAACACGGUUUAUCUGGGCUCAGAGAACUUCACGUGGUACGACUCAUGGCUGCCUGAGGAGAACUCUACCCAACCGGAGCUCGAGAUCACAGACUCGUUGGAUUACAACUAUAACUACAAGAUUGAUGAUUACUGAGACAGUUUGAGGGUCACAGACGGGUCUUAGAGAACAUAGUGCGCUACUUCCUCCUUCUUCAAUCGUGGAAAGUUCUUGAAGCAUCUGAUAACGGGUUCUGAAGGAAGGGUCUCGUCGUCGGAGCUCUCUACCGAGAACUUGCUUUAUUUCAUCAGUUACAAGGAUUCAUUCAAGCGUCAUUCACAAUACGGGCAUCUCUGGAUCAGCAAGUUUGGACCUGAUGGGAAAUUUGAUCAGCUGGUUGCAAAUCUAACGUCAUAACGAUCUCCUUUCUUUUGUAGCGUUUAGCAUAAAAUACAACUUUUAAAAUCACACAAUUUAUUUGUUAAGCCACAGAUAAUGAUUUAAUCGUCCAUCUAUACACAGUGUUAGCUAAGUUUACUAGGUGGCUAUGUUCCUGCUUUAUAGCAAACUGUACAGUAUAUAAUGAUGUCACAUGAUCGAGUUUGGAACCUAAACCCCACCCCUUUCUGACCGAGAAGCAGCCAAUCAUUUACCGUUACAAUAUAAACCUGUUUGUGUAAGUUUUAAACACUGCAUGUUAACUGUAGAGAACUGAGGACAUAAAACUAGUUGCCAUUAACGGACCCGAAGCCGUAGCGGUCCGUGAUCUACAGUGUUUGUCUUUAGAAAGCAGUAAUGGGUUCCAGAUGUGACCAUCAUCUUUCGGUAAUGACGCCUCUCCAGCCUGACAUCGUUUUUUCUUACAAUUACACAGAGAUCUAACUUCAGAACCCCCCCAUCCUUCGUCCUCGGACGACCCACACGGUUCCCACGGAGCCAAAACUGCACAUUUAUACCAAAAGUGACUUUAUUUACACUUUGUUCACACAAUAAGCAACUCCGUCAGCACCGCACGGUGUCUACAGGAGACGUGGAGGUCGAGUGGACUUCUUGUUUCAUCUAAUAAAGGCUUGUUUAUGGA